UGCUAAAGGUGAAACUGAGAAACUGAUCAAGAAUGAAAAUGUCAUUAAGCUGUUUGUUUUCUACAGGCUUGUAGGCGACGAUGGAAAACGGUUCAUACAGAUAUGAAAUUCUCAAGAUCGAAGGAUUGCGGGUCACACGUUACUCGGCUUAUCCGGUGUUCGUUCUUCUUUUCUUGAUCUAUGUGUUCAUUAUGGUAUCUAAUCUUGGCAUUGUCAUGAUGAUAGCAAUGGAGAAAGCUCUUCACAAACCAAUGUACCUUCUUUUCUGUAACCUCCCUGUGAGUGAUGCGCUCAGUGCCACUGUUGUACUGCCUGGUUUACUCAAAGACAUUCUGGUUGAAUCUGAAAGGUAUAUCAGCUACGUCGCUUGUGCACUUCAAGCCUUUGGGGUUCAUUCGUUGAGUACAAGCGCACACACUAUAUUAAUAAUCAUGGCUUUCGACAGGUACGUGGCCAUAUGUAACCCGUUAAGAUACCACACUAUAAUGACUAACAAAAUGGUUGUAAAGUUGUCUGUAAUUGCGUGGCUAAUUGCUACCAUUCCAGUAGGGGCUGUAUUGGCCCUGUCUAUUAGGCUCUCUCAAUGUACUUCAGUAAUCUCAAAUCCCUACUGUGACAAUCCUUCUCUGUUUAAACUGUCAUGUGAGAAUCUGUUACUAAAUCAGGUCUUUGGCUUGCUUUCUGCCGUCAUGCUUUGGAGUCUGUCAAUAUCAUGUAUCAGCAUUACUUAUCUAAAGAUUGCAUACGUUUGUUUUAAAAAUCGAAGCAGCACACUGAAGAGCAAGGCUAUAAAAACAUGCAGCACCCAUCUGAUUGUGUAUCUCAUUUUCCUGGGAUGUGGCUCCACUGUAAUUAUUUUGCACCGCUUUGCAGCUUAUGAGGAACUCCGAAAUCUGGCCAGUAUCUUAUUUCAUAUUGUUCCUACAAGCCUCAACCCUGUCAUAUACGGCCUUCAGACCAAAGAAAUACGACAGGGGCUCCAGCAGAUUGUCCAGAGGAGGAAAAUGAUUCCAGGAUGAUUGUUAUUUAGUAAACAUAGGAAAUAUAAAAUGUGUGCAUCUCUGUACUAUAUAAAUGCAGUGUUAAAAAACAAAAAUGAAAGGAAUGCAAGCAGCAUGCAG